GAAGAAGAAGAAUACAAUUGACACGGUCUUGUUGGAUUUCAACCACAUUACGGCAUUGUUUAGAUUUGGGGAAUAAUCGUUUCAUUUGCGUCUCCGUAGUGCGUGUUCACUGUGGAGUAGUUCGUGUUUUUCAAUCCUGCAGAGUAGUUUGCUGAAAGGACAGGGACCAGCCGGUGUACGAAGGGUGCAAACGUCAUCACAUUUUAGCACGGUGUUCGAUAAAAGUUACAUACCGUUCUGUUCAAGAAUGGCUGAAAUUGACGGAAGUAUCAUGGAGGGUGGCGGACAAGUUGUAAGAGUAUCAGCGUCAUUGAGUUGCAUCAGUGGCACGUCGAUUACAAUCAACAAGAUCCGCGCAGGUAGAAGCACGCCAGGAUUAAGACCACAGCAUCUGUCUGGAUUGGAAUUGGUGAGGGACAUUUGUGGGGGCAGGUUAGAGGGAGGCACUGUUGGAUCAACAGAAGUAGUGUUCACCCCAGGAAAAAUCAAGGCUGGGAGUCACAUUGCAGACACCCAUACCGCAGGGAGUAUUGGGCUGCUGUUGCAGGUGUCUUUACCAUGUGGCCUGUAUGCAGAUGGUCCCUUACAUCUCUGUCUGAAGGGGGGCACCAAUGCAGAGAUGGCCCCACAAAUUGACUACACUAUUAAGGUUUUUAAACCUAUUGUGGAAAGAUUUGGAGUACACUUUGACUGUGAUGUAAAAAUGAGGGGAUACUAUCCUAAAGGUGGGGGUGAAGUGAUGGUAAAAAUAAAUCCAGUGAAAGAACUGACUCCAAUCAGCAUGACUGAGCGAGGAACCAUCUCCAAGAUACAUGGGAGAGCCUUUGUUGCUGGAGUGUUGCCCUAUAAGCUGGCUAAGGACAUGUCAACCGCAGCAGUUUGGACCAUCAGGAGAGAGAUCAAGGAUCUCUACAUUAACAUCCAGUCAGUGCACGAGAAGGAUACAGCAUGUGGCAAUGGUCAAGGAAUCAUAAUCAUUGCAGAGUCUUCCACCGGCUGUAUAUUUGCUGGGUCAUCACUUGGAAAGAAAGGUGUGUAUGCUGAUAAAGUGGGUAUCGAGGCUGCUGAGAUGCUGCUCAGAAAUAUAAGGCACAAUGGCUGUGUGGACGAGUUCCUUCAAGACCAGGUAAUCACCUUCAUGGCCUUGGCAAAAGGCACCUCCAAAAUCCGCUCUGGCCCUGUCACUCUACAUACAGAGACGGCAAUCCAUGUGGCAGAGCAGCUCACUCAGGCCAAGUUUACAAUAACGAAGGCAGAUGACGACAAUGAGACUUACAUCAUUGAAUGCCAAGGAGUGGGUACCAGCAACUCUAAUUUGUAGUUAUUGUCACCUUUUGAUGUUUAAUUUUGUACACAGCUCCAUUGAUGGAAUUAAUCAAUCGGUGUAUGCGUGUGUAUUUAUAUACAUGUCAAUUAAGUGCCAAUUACUUUGUGAAAAGUCAGUCCUAUAUUGUAAUGACUUAAGCUGCUUAUACCUCAGACUGAUUUGAAUGAAAUAAAUUGAAUUUUUCUGUUUCAAAUAUUCGUUAUAAACAGAUUGGAUGCCCUUUCUUAAUCUCUCCAAUCUGUUUCCUUUGGAUGAAGCUUGAUUUUUGAACAACACAAUUAAUAGGGUGUAAAUGUAAUAUCUUAAAAAUAUUAGCACAUUCACCCUGUUAAUCACAAGGUUGAUGAAAUUGAUACAUUUAGUUUUAAGGCUGAUAAAAAUACAAAAUAAAUACAUGUGACCAUCUGA